AUGCCAGAUAAUCAGACCACAGACACAGAAUUCAUUCUCCUACCAUUUCCCAGCAGCCUCCACAUCCAUUACGCCCUGGUCUUCCUCUUCUUAUUGAUUUAUUUCCUCACCUUGACUGGGAACCUUUUGAUAAUGACAGUCAUCAAGAUGGACUCUCACCUGCAUACACCCAUGUACUUCUUCCUGGUGAACUUAUCCUUUUUUGAUAUCUUUUAUUCCUCCGUCAUGGUACCAAAGUUGGUUCAACUACUCCUGGCCAAGAACAAAACCAUCUCCUUCAAUGGGUGCCUGGCACAGAUUGGACUGACAUUUUUCCUUGCUUCAUCUGAAUCUUUUAUCCUCUCAGCCAUGGCCUAUGACCGCUACUCAGCCAUCUGCAACCCUCUGAUUUAUGUGAUGGUCAUGAGCAAAAGAUUCUGCAUCUUUCUGGCCUGUGGGUCUUGUCUACUAGGAGUCAUCAACUCCCUGCUCAACACCCUGCCUUUGUUGAGGCUGCACUUCUGUGGCCCCCGCAUCAUCCACCACUAUAGCUGUGAGAUGCCUGAGUUCUUACCUCUCUCCUGCACUGACCUCUUCCUUAACAAGAUGAUCUUGUUCACAACCAUGGUCAUGGUUGGCUUUGGCUGCUUCUUCCCCAUCAUAUUUUCUUACACUCGAAUUAUCUCUGCCAUCCUGAAGAUCAACUCAGCCUCAGGCAGGAGCAAAGCUUUCUCUACUUGCUCAUCCCAUGUGAUUGUAGUGACCUUGUUCUUCCUGACAGGUUUGGGACGAUAUCUAAGUCCUGGUACGGGCUCCAUCUUGGAGCAAGUCAUCUCCCUGCAGUACACCACUGUGACACCACUACUGAACCCCAUCAUCUAUAGUCUGAAGAAUGUAGAAGUCAAGAUAGCCAUUAAGAAAAUGUGGGAAAAGAAGAGUAUCCUCUCUGGCACCUAUUGA